GCAACACUGUAACAAGUUUGUUUACAACUGUGGCUACAAACAUUUUUCGUGCACCUGAUACAUCACUACAAGUUCAAGAGCUGCCGUGUUGAGUUGCACCGUUCAAGACUCAAGUUUUGGAGUGUGUUUAACUUGACCAUAACAAAUGCGGCACUUCAAAAGAGCGUCUCCAGACAAGCUGUGACCAGCUCUCUCGCACCGGAGUGGUGACUAAGUGUGUUGCAUACGAGGCGCAGCAGAAGUGGUGGCUGAGUGUAUUGCAGACGAGGUGCACCAAGAGUGUGGGUCGAGCGUGUUGCAGGCAAAGUGCAGCAGGAGUGUGGGUCAUCAUGAAAGCUUCCUACACCCAGCAUUUCCUUCCAACAUGAUCUGGUAUGCUCGUCUGCUGUGUCAUCACCCAUACGCGGUGUUAAGCAGUGUAGUGGUGGUGGUAGUGACGUGUCUUGUGCUCUCCCUUACCGCCCGACCACUGCCAAACUUCACUGAACCAUCCUUGGGAUUUGAGUCAAGAGGAACUGUGAUCAGUCAGCGUGCAGUGGCCUGGGAUAACCUUCUGGAAGCCACACGCCCUGGUGGCCCACUCAGUGUCAACCCUUCAGAUGACCCCAGUUUUAAGAGCCAACCUUCCUCCUCUGGGAACAAUGGAGACAAAGAAACAGAGAAUAAGAAACGUCCAAAUCACACACACCAAGUGUGUAUUGAGAUGACACCUAAUGGCACUGUUGAGGUGUUUAACUGUAGCAGCAUCUUAGAUCGAAAUUCCAGUGAGGUUCGAGAAAAGGUAGAAGACACACCAAUAUUUGAUUUGAGAGACCUCGUAAACCUGCCUCAAAAGAAUGAAGAAAGAGAAAGCCCUUCAGAGUACAACACUGAAAAUGAGUGGGGCCAUGUUCACAAGACCUCUUACCAUGAAAAUGAGAAUGAGGUUCAUCACCAUAAUCAUUUGGGAGAAGAUGGUUUCUUUUGUAAUCCUGUUGUUCCAGAGUAUGGGCGCAUGAUUAUCAAGAGCAAAGUACCAAGAGACACCUUAAUUACAUUAAAACACUUGCAAGCAAUAUGUGAACUUGAUGACCGAUUACGUUCUCCAGCAGAAUUUAGACCUAUAUGUGAAACCUGGUCCCCUGGACAUUGCUGUCCUUCCUGGUCACUUCCAAAUUAUGUGGCACUUCUUUCUAAUCGUACAUCUUGUCACUACAUUACGGAAGAUGAUGUUGUUAAUGUGCAUCGUCUGCUGAUAAGGUGUGCACGCUAUUUAGACCUGCAACUAGAAGGUGGUUGUGGUGGACAUGCAGGAUGUCAACGUGUUCCUCAAUUGUGUUUGCAACAUGAUGCUGUAUACACCAUUCUUCAUUAUCUUGUUGAUGCAGCAUUUCUCAAUCCAGAGGUACCAGACCCUGAUCAUCCACAGCCUUACAAGCACCCUGAGCCACACCAUAAACACCAGAGGGAGCAGCUUCAACAACUUCUCAGUUUGACAGCUGUAUUUGUGCCUGUGGCUCGUAGCUCUGAUGCACUCCCUUACUUUGAAGCUUUACAAAACCUUGACCUCACUGUAGACAAUGUGACAGUAGCAGCAAUGGAUCUGGGUCUGAAGGAUGCACUGUUUGAUAAGCUGUUAAUGUCCAACUCGUUCCUACUGGGCGUUGGUGCUGGUAUUGUUGUGCUGCUGAUGUGGUGCUAUACUGGCUCUCUCUUCAUCACAGUAGUCACCAUCACCACUGUUGCUUGUGCCCUCGUCAUUGCAUAUUUUAUGUACAUCUUUAUUUAUGAGAUAACUUUCUUCCCAUACAUGAAUGUUUUAACUACUGUUAUAGCAAUAGGGAUAGGAGCAGAUGAUACAUUUGUUUACUGUCGUGUCUGGACUUUAGCCAAACAAGAUAAAAAUUCAGGAACCAUGGUGAAGCUGGUAGCAGAUGCUCUUCAUCAUGCUGCAGCCUCCAUCAUUGUUACCUCAUUAACAACUGCUGCAGCCUUCUUUGCAUCUUGUGUAUCACAUAUCACAGCCAUACGUUGUUUCAGCAUUUUUGCAGGAACUGUGGUUCUGGCUAACCUCCUGCUAAUGCUGACUUGGGUACCAGCAUGUGUUGUGGUGGCUGAGCGCUGGGGUGCCUCCACCUGCUGCCUCUGUGUCCCCCCAGCACCUGUAUAUGCUCCUCAUCUGCCCCCUCGCUGUUCUGUGGUGUGUGCUUUACCCCUCAGAUUUUGCUACUCUUGUGCUGAGUCUGCAAGAGUGUUUUUUGAGAAGAUGCUUCCAUGGGUGAUAGUAAAGCCCCGCCACUUGUGGGUUUUAUUGCUCGGUACUCUGGCAGCAUGUAGUGCUGUUGUUGUAUUCUACUUUCCAGGACUCAAGCUUCCAGAUUCACAAAUGUUUCAGCUUUUUUCAAGAGAUCAUGUCUUUGAGCAGUAUGACUUGGUGUACAAAUAUAAAUUUUGGUUUGAGAGGAAUCUGAGAAAUGAUAUUGUGAAUCGGUUACCAGUGCGUAUAGUCUGGGGAAUUAAACCAGUGGAUAAUGGGGACUACCUCAACCCUGCUUCAAAAGGAACAUUAGAAUAUGAUGAAAAUUUUGAUGUAGCUCAACCAGAAUCUCAGGAAUGGCUGCUAAAUUUUUGCCGUGAUCUUCGAAACCAAAGCUUUUACAUGUCUACUCUGGGUCCUCUGCUUCCAAAUUGUUUUAUUGAAACAUUUAAGAGUUGGAUGGAAAGAAAAUGCAUAGAUCCAAUAACAGGCGUUGAUCGCUCUCCUUGCUGUGAAGCCUCCAAGUUUCCUUACCCACGAGAUGUCUUUGACAAGUGCAUUCACAAGGGCAUUAUGGCUCUUUACCAGACUCCACGAGAAUACUUCAUUCCUGGAGUUGCAGGCCCAAAAUUCAGCAGAAAAACUGGAAACAUUGUAGCCAUUGUUGUGGAAUAUGAUAGCAACACUUUGUGGUCUCUCUCCUAUGAGGAUAUGCAAGAAUUUUUUAUACAGGUGGAUACAUGGGUUACAAAGCAAAUGAAACUAGCACCAAAACAGAUGCAAGGAGGCUGGUUUACCUCAUACCUAAGUUUCUUUGAUGUACAACGGUCAUUAUCUAUAGGAACAGGAAUAGCAGUUGCUGUUGCUGUGGGAGUCAGCCUAGCUGUGCUGGUGAUGACAACCCUCAAUGUAGUAGUGAGUCUGCUGGCAGUCUUAAGUGUAGGCUCUGUUAUUUUAGUGACAUUACUGCAUUAGUUUGUUAGGUGGCAUCUUAAUGUUUUAGAGAUUUGUAACAGUGAGUGUGGCUAUAGGAUUACUGUAGAUUUAACAUUACAUUAUGGUGUUGCCUACCGGUUGUCCCCUGAGGCUGAUCGUGAGGCUGCUGUGUCUUGGGCAGUCGCCCGUCUGGUAGCCCAGAAAUUUAUGGCUGCUGCUACCACACUUGCAGCUGGUAUCACUAUGCUGCCAGCCAAAGUUUUAGCUUAUGUUCACAUGGACUUUUACUUACCGUAGUCACUACAGUUUUCUUACAUCUAUGCGACUCUCUUUUAUCUUCCCUCUUUUGCGUAUAUUUGGCCUGAAUCAGGGUGUGGACAACUCUCUUAUCCACAGUUACGAUGCUGUUCUUGUUGCAGUCAAGGCUCUCAACCCCAUUUGGAUAAAAUGUUGUAUCAGCAAGCAUUUAUGAAAUCUAUUUUGGGUCCACAUCAAGUACAUCGUCCAGCACCCCAGACUCAUCCAUCAUCUGAUACACACGAACUUGAGCCUUUAACUGCAAUGCGAUUAGCUGGUCGAGGUGGAACUCACACUCGUGCCGUCCACAACCCUACUAGACAUAAAGUUGGAUUAGCCGAACCCCCCCCAAAUAUCAAUGUGCCCCAUAACCACAUAGCAGCUCACAAUGAAGUAGGAGUCAACUCAGGAACAGGUCGUGCUGCUAGAUCCGGAUCUUUGUCAUCAUCAGUGUGCGUGCGGGACCAUGCAAAUUUUGUCCCACGAAAGUUCUCUCUGCCUUCACCGGGAGGUGUGAGUGAAGGGGGAGAACCUUCUCCAAGACAUAUUGUAGCACCAGCAUCAUCAGCUACAACAAUCCUAUAUUCAGAACCAGACAUGGAUUGUGGACAACAAUCUCAGCAUGCUCCAGAAGGUAACGCCCCAAUAAUUCGCACCCCUGAUAAUGGAACACUAGUCGCUUAAGACAUUGUGGAACAAACAUGCGGCUGUGAGAGAAUUUGUAGUACCCUCUUGUGUGAUGAUGCUGAUGGUGCUAAAUUGAAGCUACCAAGGAGUAUCUGUAAUUGUGAUAUCAUCUUGCUCAUUUUGUUUGAUGUAAUAGAUACUUUAUUCAUCAGUCAUUUGUAACGACAA